AUGCCUGGCGGUUACCAGUCCGUGCAUCCUGUUGAGAAAGGCAAGUUUGUCAUGAAGAGCGACGGCAGCAGGUUUGCAGCUUACCUUCUUCCCAGCACUUUGCCGUCAAUGCCCAGUGACCUCUCUCAGUUCCGCAUGUCCAGCGUGGAGGAGGUGAGGAAGAACCUGAUGGACAUCCACAGCCAGGCCGAGUUGCAAGACUUGUGUGAGAAGUUGGGUGUCCGCCCGGAGCAGAGAACGAAAGCCUCGGUGGCUCAACGCUUGGCUGACGAGCUGGUACGGGAGCCUGAGGUGGAUCUGAGCAAGGCAAUUGAAAAAGCUCAGGCUCUGGAAUCUGCCGGCAAACUGCAGCAAGCAGCAGCUGCCUUCGGUGCGGCCUUGGCGCUUCCGGGCGAUGUUCUGCUGAAGGGGCUCUCGGCAUUGUGCUUCGUGAAGCUAUCUUUGCAACAGAACUUGCCGGCGAAGUUGCAGGGAAAAGAGCCUGAGGAGUUGUUGGAGCAGGCUUUGCUCGAAGCUCGCGGGGCUCCCGCGCGCAGCCGUAGCCUCGAGGGCCAACUCCUCCAGGCGCUCAGCGAGGUCCUCUUUGGUAAGGUAAACAAGGAUGCGAAGGCCAUCGACCGCGCCAUCGAGGCGAGGCAACAGGCCCGUGAGAUGAUCAUCGAGGGUCAUGUUGAGGCUUUGAGCUGGAAGCUGUCCAAGGUGGAGGGCUUUGCUGCUGCAGCCGCCGAUGACGAGGCUGACCACAAAUGGCUGGAGAAGGACGUGCUGCUGCAAAGACUGCGGAAACUCGGUGCUCGAGCGGAAGAUGCAGACUACAUCAGUGAGCUCUUUGAAGCCUGGCACCAUGUGGGAGCAAAUGGCGCGGAGGAGCUGUCAGUGCAUGAAUUUCUGCAGCGCUUCCUCGAGAUUGCGCGCAAACUUCCAGCAAAGCAGUCGAAGCAGUGCGGUGCACCCUGUGAAGGUGGCCUGCCACCUGGCUCUGCGCCGCUAGAGCGCGAACUGGUUCGACUGGUUUCGCGGGAUGGGAAGGGAAACUGGUCGGCAAAGGCCGCAGAAAUCCGGGACUCCUUUCCGGAGGAGACCGCAAAGUCUCUGGAAGCGCUAUGGGAAAGGCUCGCACCGAAAAUCAAGCAGAUCGUGGAUAAAGAUGACACCAUGGCAUGUGGGCACAGCUGCAGCACCUGUCCGACGAAGCAUGAAUGUCAGGUUCAUGAUGCGAUCAAGGACAUCGAAGAUCUUUAG